UAUUACGUCUGACGUCAGAGCGUCAGCUGGCCGAAUGUUUACAUCCAGCAGUUGUGUGUUACUGGAUCCCCCAACAACAAAAAGGCUCAACACAAGGAAAACCGCUAAGACAGUGAAUAUCAGUCGGCAUUUCCACAAGUCAGGAUGGGCGGAGCUGUGAGUGCCGGAGAAGACAAUGACGACUUGAUUGACAACCUGAAGGAGGCUUACUACAUCCGCUCAGACCUGGUGGAGCGGGCUUUUCGAGCUAUCGACCGGGCUGACUAUUACCUGGAUGAAUACCGGGAUAACGCUUACAAGGACUUGGCGUGGCGGCAUGGAAACAUCCACCUCUCUGCUCCCUGUAUCUACUCUGAGGUGAUGGAGGCCCUGGAUCUCCACCCUGGCCUCUCCUUCCUCAACCUUGGCAGUGGGACUGGCUACCUCAGCACCAUGGUUGGCCUCAUAUUGGGACCGUUUGGAGUGAAUCAUGGCAUAGAGUUACACGCAGAUGUGAUUGAGUACGCCUACCAAAAGCUCGACUCAUUCAUCAAAACCAGCGACAGCUUUGACAAAUUUGAGUUCUGUGAGCCGUCCUUUGUUGUGGGUAACUGCCUGGAGAUUCCUCCAGAGAGCCGUCAGUAUGACAGGGUCUACUGUGGGGCCGGUGUGCAGAAGGAGCACGAGGAUUACAUGAAGAACCUGCUCAAGGUGGGGGGCAUCCUCGUGAUGCCUCUUGAGGAAAAGUUGACCAAGAUCACCCGUACAGGGCCAAACAGCUGGGAGACCAAGAAGAUCAUCUCUGUGUCCUUUGCUCCUCUGGUGCUGCCUAAACACAGCACAAAUGGCAAACCCAAGACUGUCCCUCUACCCAAAUAUGAGGUACGGACGUUGCAGGAGCUGGCACGUAUCUGCAUCCGCCACACCCUCAGAGUGACCACAGAUGGAGGAGAUAACCAGUCACGUGGCCGAGGUUCAUCUUUCAGCGUGGAGGGUCUGGCAGUUGCCGGGCUCCAUAAGUAUGGCCCUCGCUUCAAACGCCGGCGCGUCCACCGGCGCCACUGCAACGCCCUCGUCCUGGCCACCCAUCAGGUGGUGGCCAGCACGGCAUUGGCGCCGCCUCUGGACAGCAACAACAACCAGGGAGGAAGAGUGAUCGAUGAGGAGGAGGCAGGAGAGAGGGAACGAGGCGGCAGAGAGAGGGAGCAGGAGGGCGGGGAGAGGAGCUGCAGGGUGGUGGAGGAGGAGGAGACGGUGGAGGAAGAGGAUGAAGAGGAAGAGCAGGAGGAGGAGGAGGAAAAGGAGACUGGGGAGCUGCUCCGACCCCAGCCAGCCGUGAACAUCCUGAGGGAGAGGAUACUGGGCCUGCCGCUGCCUGAGCCUCUGAAGAUGUACCUGCUCUACUACAGAGAGAAAUGAGCCAGAUGGAGCCACAGUUCCUGAGUCAGAGCCCAGAGCGACAACCCAGCUGAGGGGCUGAGGCCUCUGUUACAACCCCACCACCACCUGUACAAGGCAGGACAACAUGCCACCUACCUUACUGAUGCUCAGCUCCACCUUGGAUCUCUUUCUCUCUCUCACCUGUCCUCAUCCUCUCCAUCAACCAUCAUCUUUCCCGCUCCUCCCGCUCUGCCUCCCACUGUUCUUGA